AUGGCUGGAAAUGGGGGACUGGACACGGAUCCUCCUCACGCGUGGAGGGAGGAUUCCAUUGAGGAACGGAGCUUCGGCGCAGGGCUAAUCUGCCUGGAGGGCCAUUACAUGCAGGCCCCAGUCAUGGGGUCACAAACCAUUACCAAGGUGAUGAGUGUCAUAUCCAAAACUCUGGAGAAAACUCAUACGUUUAAAGAUGUUCGAGAGGUUCUUUCGCGGAACCUGCGGGUUUGGAUUUGGCUUCGGCGAGCAGUCUCUGCUGCCAUAUGUGAUCUGAACGAAAAGUCACUGGGCGUGCGCUCGGAGCCCAUGAUACCCACGAGAUUCAUUGACAUAACAACGCCUCAAAUCACAGCUCUUAUCAUCAAGAAUUAUGCUCCCCUCAAAGAGGCACUGCAAAUGCUGAACAAGCUCAUGCACAUCGCUCGAAACCUUCUUGUCACUACAGACCCUGAGGUUCCUCAAGACUUGUCCGCUGCAGUUAACUUCGAUCAUGAAGUCUAUGAAGCUAUUUGCCUGUGUGUUAACGUUACCAGCAAAGGCAUUGAUGGUGAGAUGCCAGAGGACGAUGCCUCAAGAGUCAAACUUAACGAGAUCACAGAACUGUAUAAGAAAGUUCUCGUGACGGCUUUGCAGCAGGCACACAACUGGAUCGCGAAGAAUGACCGCAAUAAGAUGGCGUUCUGGUUUCGUGUUCUGAUUGAGUCGCCCGAUGUUGACAGUAACCCUGGGCCCGACGAUAGACAUGAGUCGGUGCUUGAGUACGCCGGUCCACGAAGCCGGCAGUUGCGUUCGGAGAUUGCCAAUUGGCUUAAGCGCAACUCGAAGAUGUGCGAUGCUGCUACGGCCAUCUGCAAGGAAUACUUUGACGCCCAGGAUGAGGACCAAAGAAACCAAUGGCUUCCGCAUGACUGGAACCUUGCAUGGAAUUAUACCCCUCCCAGGAUGUGGUCCUGGAAACCCGACUUGUACGAAAAGGCAGAACAGGUCGUCUCAAAAUGGGACCCUGAAGAGAAAGAUGAAUUUGAGCAAGACAGGGCGUACGGUCAUGUGUCUCACGAACUCGACGAGUGGUGGGAAACGACACGCAUCCCCAACAAUAAAGAUUGGAGCCUGAGCAUGUAUCCUCUAGACUUUGUGCCUGAGAGGAUAAAGCAAUGCGAAGCAAAUUUGAUGCAGCGUUAUGCUGCUGCCGACCCACCUGAUGAUCCAGACGACGACCUAGAUCAUCCAGUGGGAGAAGCGCAUAAUCACGCCGACUGGCAGAACCAACCGGGGAGAGCCACUCCAAGUUAUGCGCCCGAGUACGACGAAUACGAAGAAGACCCAGAUGAUGAUGACUCGUACGGCGAAGGGCCAAUGACUGGGCUUCUCACAGAGGUCCCGAACAUCCUCGAUCCCAAACAGAUAGAAGCACUCCACAUGAUCGUCAAGUCCUGCAUUCUCGACUCAGCUGGUACUGGUCUUACCAGGUUCGGAGAAAACUUGCAGCAGACACGCUGCAAGAUUCUUCUGGCGACAGAUUGCGGCAAAAAUCUUCUAAGGGAGAUGCUGGUCUUUAUCGCCGUCUGGGAGAAAGAUGAGCAGUCGCUCAUCUUCCAGAUCAGCAGCCAGAUCGUGCAGGCCAUUCAUGAAAGCUCACUGAUUCCAUACGCCUGGAAUGCGCUCCGCAGUCCAAAAGACAUCAUAUCGCCUGCGCAGACUGUGCUACUCCGCCUGAUUACCCAUCUCUCGCGCACAGCAUUCUUUCCUCCCAAGGAUUACGACCCUAACACAACCUCAAACGACAGCGCGGUUCCAUCCGAAGACUUGCGGCUUGCCAAGAUGCUCAACUUCCUCUACGGCAUUUUCCGUAGCCGCAUCGUGCCCGAAUGUGUGGCCCUUAUGCAGAUCCAGGCCGAUGUUCGGAAGGGGAACUUGGAUCCUGCUGACUUCCCGGUAGAUACAUGGGAUUUGGAGCGAGCCAAGGAUGGCCUGGUCCAAUAUCUUGACUUCCUUUACACUAUUGCAGACAUCCACCCUCUUCGCCAGCAUCUCAUAGAGUAUGAGACGGUCUACGAGCUUAUCAAGCUGCUCGAAGGACUCGACGAAGGCGUGGAGAAAGUCCCCCUGGUCAACGGACGUCAAGUCCCCCCCGCCCCGUCCGCAAACCCGCAAGCUUCUGCUUACCAGACGAACCCUCCGCCACCGCCUCCGCCGCCGCUAUCUGAGCCUCCAUACGAGUUUCCGUGGUCUGGAAUCAAAGGCCAGUUGCUUUCGAUACUGGCGGCCCUUCUGCAGCCGCCGCCUGGACAAUCUUCUCCGGGCAACCCAACAGUACAGCUACAGAUUGUGCAGCACAAUGGCAUCGUUGCUCUUUUAAAUUGUUGUCUAUAUGAUGACAACAAUCGCUUUUGUCGCGAACGCGUUCAGCUGUGCCUGAAAUGGCUAAUGGACGGAUCUCCAGAUGCCAGUGCUUUUCUACAAAAUCUGGUCAGCGCAAACCCGGGGCCCAUGGUCCGACCACCUGCAACAGGCGCACCCGAGACACAAAGCUUGAGGAUUGACGGCGUACCGGGAGAGGUCCGAGUGCAAGUGAGAAGCUCAAGCGCACCAGUCGGGGAAGACAUGCCCAAUGUUGGGCUUGUUCCUGGAACCAGCGUCGGUUCGGGCCGGAGUCGUAGUGAAGAGUUGGUAAACGACAUUAUGGCACUGGCACUGGCAGACGAUGCUGGCAGGCUUGUCGUGGGGCAAGAAGGCGAUGAGACGGAGGACGAUUUUAUGUGA